AUGUAUGUCAUGAACGCCUUCCUCGCCACGGUGAUGGCAACCGCUGCCGUGGCCAAACCUCACAACCUCCAUGCCGACUUUCACAAACGUGCAACCUCUGCCACCUCUACCAGCAAAGUCGGCGCCGCCUACAAUGACGUCUCUCUCGUCUCACUCGUGCCCGGUGCCUCGUGGGCCUACAAUUGGAAUCUCGAAUCUGGCGGUUCCUUGCCUUCAGGUGUCGACUACUGCCCCAUGCUCUGGGGUCCCAAGAUGUACAACGGCUGGAGCUCAGCAGUCAGCACCGCUCUUUCGUCUGGCGGAAGUAGCUGCGUCCUAGGCUUCAACGAGCCCGACAUGGCCAGUCAAUCCAAUCUAAGCCCUGCACAAGCCGCAACCGACUACCAGACCUACAUCACCCCAUUGGCCGGCCAAGCGACUCUCGUCACACCAGCAGUCUCCAACGGUGCCGGUACCAACGUCGGCCUAGACUGGAUGACGAACUGGCUCGCCGCCUGCAACGGAGCCUGCAAACCCAACGUCAUGGCCGUACACUACUACGCCAACGCCGAUAUUUCGUAUUUCAAAGACUUCGUCAACAACGCCACCGCUCUUGCAGCCGACAAUGGUAUGGACAGCGUCUGGAUCACGGAGUUCCAAAACACCGGCAGCACCGACGAGCAAGUCGCGUUCUUGAAGGAGGCCGUCCCCUGGCUCAAUGCCAAUACUGCCGUCGGUCGAUAUGCGUAUUUCUACGCUGCUGAUGGGUACUUGUUGACGGAUAGCAUGUUGAGUACCGUUGGCCAGGCUUAUGUUUCUUCCUAG